CGGCUGCUGCUUUGCCCAGUCGUUUGCCGUUUGUCAACCGUUUGCCAGCGUUUCCCGAGAGCGCUAGUUUUUUGCAAGGAACAUAUUAGAACCAACAGCCCCCCUUGAAAACGGAAAACCUGUGAAUAAAGUCCCCCGUGAGACCCAAUAAAUAUAAGAAUAUUCAGUGAUCUAACUAAAGAGUGUUUCAAGUUAAUAAACAACAAAAUGCAGUACAUCUAUGUGAUUAGUGCGCUGAUUUUGGCCAUCGCCGUGCAGCAAGGUUACGCCAUCAAGUGCUUUGUUUGCAACAGCCACAAAGAUGCCAACUGUGCGCUGGACAUACCGCCCGAAAACCUGGUGAAGGACUGCGACGAGGAGUAUUCGUCCCGCGGCAAGGGGGUGCCCACGUACUGCCGCAAGAUCACGCAGAUCAUCGAGUUCUCCGUGAACAGCCUGCCCCCGGACAGCCGUGUGAUAAGGACCUGCGCCUAUCACAACCAGACCUCCACCAACUACUGCUAUCAGCGCGCCGGGUUCGGAGGUCGCCAGGUGGUCUGCUCCUGUGAUACGGACAACUGCAACGGAGCCGGGGCGAUGGGCGCUUCGGCGGUGGGCGUGGCCGCCAUGGUGGGCCUCCUGCUGGGCGGCCGUCAGUAUCUGCAGCGUUAAGGAGGGAGUCGAGGGAGCCCCUCAGUUGUUUUUGUUUCUUUUAUCGAAUGCAUCCACCCAGUUUUCUGUUCGUAUUGCUGCUGACUCUUUGACUUCUGUGACACUUUCACCGCUUUCUCCCCAAUCAUCAACAAUAAGGUCCACUCGCAGAGCUGCUCCAGAGCCUGCUCUGGUCCAGCCUGGUUUUGUAACAUUUUUUGAAUGGAGAACCGUAAAAGCUUUAUACAAAGUAUUAAAUAACGAGAUAACAAUUCCCUAACUAGAAGUGUAUAUAAAAAACCAAAGAGAGCACGUAACAAUUGGCCAAUAUAAUCGUUCAAAUCUAUUUACAUUAACUGGAAUUUUUAUUAAACGAAAGCGAGGAAAGUAACGAAUAAAUAAAACUAAAACCUACCGCAGUUGAAAGUAUUUAACAAAUCGAGAUAAACGAAUAAGUCAAAGAUGGCCACAAAUCUAACAAUGUUAAAAAUUAAGGCUACCGAAAUGGAAAAGUAGUACAUAAUAAAUGUUAACACUCUUCGCCUAA